AAAAUAAUCUUUCAUCCAAGAAAUUGGGAUGAAGAAAUUUUGUGGAUGACUAAACUAAUCUAAUGGCAUGCCGACAGUUUGGUAGCCCCCACUUACACUCUCCCUCCUCUCCCACCCCACCUCUUCAAUACCAAUGAAUAUCUAAGUCCGAAAACCAGACAAUCGAAGUCCGUAAUUUGAUUUUUAUAUAUAUAGACACAUCACAUGAUUGGUCUUGGCACCAAAACACAGAAAUCAAAGUCUAAGAAGCCCGUAAUCUGAAUCUCAUCUCAUCUCUGUGUGUAUGUGUGUGGGAUAAUAGUAAAGUAAUAGGCAGAAUAAUAUAAUGGAUGUGGGUUUGCUGGGUGACAGCCCAAGUGGACGGCGCAGGAAGCCUUUGUUCAAUAGAAGAUCAGAUGCUAUUGCUCAUGGAUCGCCCUAUCAAAAGGCUGCUGCUUUGGUUGAUCUCGCUGAAGAUGGAAUCGGGAUACCCGAAGAGAUACUUGAUCAGUCAACCUAUGAAAGCUCCUUAAAUUCAUACUUAAUAUUUAUACAGUUCGACAUCAUUUGGUCCCUUAACUACUUCGCUCUGAUACUUCUGAACUUCUUGGAGAAGCCUUUAUGGUGUGGUAAGGAAUGUAGUGACAGGGAAUACUACUACCUAGGAGAGCUGCCGUACUUGACUGGUACCGAGAGUCUAAUUUAUGAGGUGCUUUUGUUGUUAGUAUUGGCUUUGGAUCUCUCAGUCUAUGCUAUAUAUGUUUCUCCUGUGGCUUUCUAUACUCUUCCAUUCCGGAUUGCACCUUACAUCCGAGUUGUGUUUUUUGUUCUUAACAUCAGGGAUAUCCGAGAUAGCAUCAUCAUCCUCGCUGGAAUGCUUGGGACUUAUCUGAAUGUCCUGGCUUUGUGGCUAUUAUUUCUUCUGUUCUCGAGCUGGUUGGCAUAUGUUAUCUUUGAAGAUACUGUACAGGGAAGGACACUAUUCACUUCAUAUGGUGAAACAUUAUACCAGAUGUUUGUUUUAUUCACCACAUCCAACAAUCCAGAUGUCUGGAUUCCUGCAUACAAGGCCUCACGUUGGUAUUGCCUAUUCUUUGUUCUGUAUGUGCUAUUGGGCGUUUACUUUGUCACCAAUUUGAUCCUUGCCGUCGUAUACGAUAGCUUUAAGAACGAGCUUGUAAAACAAGUUGCUGAGAAGGACCGCAAUAGAACAAGAAUACUGAAGAAAGCUUUUAACCUGAUUGAUAGCCAAAAUCUUGGCUUCCUUGACAAAGAUCAAUGCAUUCGUUUGUUCGAAGAACUCAACAAAUACAGGACAUUGCCAAAAAUAUCACGAGAGGAUUUUGAGUUAAUCUUCUACGAGUUGGAUGAUAGUCAUGAUGUGAAGAUUAAUUUGGAGGAAUUUGCUGAUCUGUCUCACGCCAUUGGACUCAGAUUUCAAAAGGAGGAUAUUGAACCGAUUUUUGGAAGCUGCCCAGGGUUUUACAACUCACCUGCUUCAGAGACUCUGAAAGAGUUUGUUCGAAGUGCCAAAUUUGGUUACAGUGUAGCAUUCAUUCUCAUCCUGAAUUUUAUUGCCGUCGUCAUUGAGACAACGCUUGAUAUAGAAAACAGUUCUGCUCAAGAAACCUGGCAAGAAGUGGAGUUUGUAUUUGGAUGGAUCUAUGUCCUGGAAAUGGCUCUAAAAGUGUAUUCUUAUGGGUUUGUGAAUUAUUGGAGGGAUGGUCAAAAUCGCUUUGACUUCGUUGUCACUUGGGUAAUUGUUAUUGGAGAAACAGCCACUUUUGUGUCUCCCCGUGGGCUGACUUUUCUCUCCAAUGGGGAAUGGAUUCGCUAUCUUCUAAUAGCAAGAAUGUUAAGAUUGAUUAGGCUUUUGAUGCAUGUUCAACAGUAUCGUGCUUUUGUAUCAUUUGCUGUUACCAUUUUGACCCAUUUACCUAUAUGCUUUGUCACUUUUAUCUUGACAUAUCUGGAGAAUGGAGUUAUUCCUGAUUUCAAAGGGAAACAAAUAUUUGGAGGUAUAGUUAAUGCUGGAAAUCCAGGUCUCAGCGGAACUGAUCUUGAAGAUAACGACUACUUACUGUUUAACUUCAAUGACUACCCCAAUGGGAUGGUGACACUUUUCAAUUUGCUUGUGAUGGGAAAUUGGCAAGCGUGGAUGCAGAGUUACAAGGACUUGACUGGAACUGUUUGGACUUACGCCUACUUCGUCAGUUUCUAUCUAAUUACUGUCCUGCUGCUGUUGAAUUUGGUGGUGGCCUUUGUCUUGGAAGCUUUCUUUGCUGAAAUGGAUCUCGAAUCUUGUGAGUCUGGCAAUGGGGAGGUCAAGGAAGGAGGAGAGGGGCGGAGGAGGCGUAACCUUGGCAUUAAGUCAAGGAAUCAGAGGGUUGAUAUGCUUCUCCACCACAUGUUGAGUGCUGAGCUAAAUAAAACAGAGUGUUCAUCUCUUGAAUCAUAAUUUCCAACAGGUUGUUGUCACAACACGUGUUGCCUUUAGCCCAGGUUUCUGAUGAUAUAUUUUUGGACAAAUAUGGAGUAAAAAUUUCAAAUACCAUAUAUGACCGUGUAUUUUUGUAAAAUUAUAAUUGAUUCAAAUUUAUGCAACACCAUAUGUAAGGAACCAUAGUAUGAGAUAUUGGAGAUUUGACGCCUGCAAAAUUUACUCAUUUCUAGUGGCAACUGCAGCAUCAAUCCCACAUUGAUUACCCUGAGUUAUGGAAUGAUUUUAAUGUUUAUGAUUCACAUGAAAUGGAAACAACGAUCUCAAUUCUGUUGGGUUCAAAUUCUAUUUAUCUACA